AGUAGAGAGUCAGAACAAAGCUUGACUCCAUGAAAAAGUUGUAACUGGUGCUGACCAUAUAACUUUAUUUCUCUAACUUUGAAUGCUUAGAAGGCUACGUUGACAAUUUUAUUAGUAGAAUUGUAUUAACAUCUUUGCUUUGUGACCAGCAUUUUUCUUUUUGGGGUAACCCUUGUUCAACCGAUGGAAUACCUGCUGCAGAUGACUGUGCUUUUAGCACUUACUUUUAACGUGAUGUCAUCGGUAAUGGAUAGGAGAAUGGAGUUCACAGAAGCAGUGGAAUACCUUAGGAAGUAUGGCUACCUGCAUACUCCUCUUAACCCACUGGACCAGGGCUUUUCACCUAUGGACAUUAGAGAGGCCCUCAGGGUGUUCCAGAGGGUGACACAUCUACCCACCACUGGAAAGGUAGAUGAGAAGACUCUAGAUGUGAUGAGGAAACCUCGCUGUGGACUCAAAGAUUCCUUCAGCCAAAGAUCCCACAAAUAUAGAGUGCUGGGUUAUUGGCACAAGAGGAGCCUGACCUACCGCAUCUAUAACUACACUCCAGACAUGGGAAAGACAGAGACCAGGAGAGCCAUUCGGUCUGCUUUCAAAUACUGGAGUGAGGUGGCUCCCCUGAGCUUCCGAGAGGUGGAGUAUGGACGGGCUGACAUCAAGAUCUCAUUCCAUAGGAAAGAUGCCACAUGUGCUGUGCCCUUUGAUGGACGAGGUUAUGUGCUGGCCCAUGCAGAAUCACCAGAGUCAGGAAUUGUACAUUUUGAUGAAGAUGAGUUUUGGACUGAGGGGAGGUACUAUGGCACCAAUCUGCGUAUUGUAGCUGCCCAUGAGAUAGGCCAUGCCCUGGGGCUAGGCCACUCCCAGUACAGCAGUGCUCUGAUGGGUCCAGUUUAUUCUGGUUACCGUGCCAACUUUCGCCUGCACCCUGAUGACGUAAAAGGCAUUCAAGCUCUCUAUGGUAAACGUGUGAGCAGUCCUUCCUCUGUCCCCACAUCAGCUUAUGUUCCUACCCCCACAAUAAGCCAGCCUGAUGCUGAGGGAGACACCCUAAACCCCUGCACUGCUAGGCUAGAUGCCAUCAUGCUGGGUCCAUGGAAGAAGACUUUUGCUUUUAGCGGUGACUAUGUAUGGACAGUGUCUGACUCAGGAUACAAUGACCCUCUGAGGAUUGACAUGCUGUGGAAGGGACUUCCUGGGAACCUAAAUGCAGCUGUAUACUCGCAGAGAACCAACAAGACAUACUUUUUAAAAGGUGACAAAGUGUGGAGGUACACCAGUUUCGGCCUGGACUACGGGUACCCUAAACAAAUGAAACGCAUCCCUCCAAACAUUGAUGCUGCUUUGUAUCUAGAAAAGAAUAAGAAGCUAAUCUUUUUCAAGGGAUCCGGUUACUGGCAGUGGGAUGAGCUGAAGUACAGUAACCUCAGUGUUUACCCCAAACCCAUUUCCCAGCUCUUCACUGGGCUGCCCCCGAACCUUGACGCAGCUUUCACUUGGACCAAUGGCAAGCUGUACUUCUUUAAGGGAGACAAAUACUGGCGCGUAAAUGACCUACUGAGUGUGGAAAGAGGAUACCCACUCAGCAAGAGGGAACGUUGGAUGCGUUGCUAGGGACAACUGCUAGAGGGCAGUAGACACCACUAUAACGUUCAGGGAGCGACACAUUAACACAUUAGGGGUGCAGGGUGCUUGAUAACGAGAUAAGACCCAUGGUCUGCCAAAGAGCCAUUUGAAUUCAAUAUUACAUAUUUACAUAAUGUAAUGGGCAAGUGUCUUACUGUGUUCAUACCGUUAAUGUUAACCUCUGAGAACACUAAUGUUCUCUAGUAAAACUAGUUGUACUCGCCUUAUAGUAAUCUAAACUGUAAUCCCACACACAAUCCUGUUUGGUUGCUAGGACUGUGUGUUGGUAUGAGUGUCUUUCAGUGUGAAACUGAAGUUUACAUGCAUAAUGCCUGUAGAGAGGUUGCUUGUUGUGAUCUCAGGGGGCCUUCAAGGGAGGCAUUUUCUCCCUCAAACAGAUGUGGAAUGGGUAUGGUUGCUCUCAGCUAUUUGGAUUUCACCAGUGUUAUCCAGUAUCAAAUGUUUGUAAAAUUGGGUGUAUUCUUUGUAUAUGUAUGUUGAGGUUUAGUAACUGGUUUAUAACGGCAUUUUGAAAGCCUUAUGGCACAUUCAGCUUUUAGGAAAUUGACAGCUUUUGUGUGAGUACAAGCACUUUUGCUGAGUUUAUCUUCUCUAUAAGACAGUAAAAGCAAUACAAAGCAACAAUACAAACCAUUGAAAUAAGCCAUUGUGUCCUUUGGGACAAAAUCUUAAUGUGAUGUCAUGAGAAGGGCUAAUGAACAAUGGAGAGCAAAUUCAUGAAAACAGUGGAUUACAGACAUGAACAGGGCAUUUGGUUGCAUAUACCUAUUGUCCAGUUAAGUGGUCUAAGCAACACUGUUGCUUUGACCUAUUAGAAUGAACAAAAUACCCCCACCCACCCACCCCUUGUAAUUGCCUUUGAGAUCCUCUGUGAUUUAACCCUUUUGGGCAGCUAAUGUUGCUAUGUGACCAAUGGGUUGAAUAAAAUCAUAUAUGUGCUUCAAAAAAUGAC